AUGGCUGACGCUGCUCCCCGUGGACGUGGUGGUUUCGGUUCGCGCGGCGACCGUGGUGGUGAGCGUGGUGGUGACCGCGGUCGUGGUGGCCGUGGUGGCCGUCGCGGCCGUCGUGGCCCCAAGCAGGAGGAGAAGGAGUGGCAGCCCGUCACCAAGCUCGGCCGUCUCGUCAAGGCCGGCAAGAUCACCUCCAUGGAGCAGAUCUACCUCCACUCUCUGCCCGUCAAGGAGUACCAGAUUGUCGACUUCUUCCUGCCCAAGCUCAAGGAUGAGGUUAUGAAGAUCAAGCCCGUCCAGAAGCAGACCCGUGCCGGUCAGCGUACCCGUUUCAAGGCCAUCGUCCUCAUCGGUGACUCCGAGGGCCACAUCGGUCUCGGAAUCAAGACCUCCAAGGAAGUUGCCACCGCUAUCCGUGCCGCUAUCACCAUCGCCAAGCUCGCCGUCCUCCCCGUCCGUCGCGGUUACUGGGGUACCAACCUUGGUGAGCCUCACUCUCUGCCCGUCAAGCAGAGUGGAAAGUGUGGUUCCGUCUCCGUCCGUGUCAGUGAUUUGAAGAGAUGGUUUCUAAUUAAUUGCAGCUCAUUCCCGCCCCCCCGCGGUACCGGCCUUGUCGCUUCCCCCGCUGUCAAGCGUCUGCUUCAGCUCGCCGGUGUCCAGGACGCUUACACCUCCUCCUCCGGUUCCACCAAGACCCUCGAGAACACCCUCAAGGCCACCUUCGUCGCUGUCGUCAACACCUACGGUUUCCUUACCCCCAACCUGUGGGCCGAGACUAAGCUCAUCCGCAGCCCUCUGGAGGAGUUCGGUGAUGUCCUCCGCCAGGGCAAGAAGUACUAG